AUGUUCAGAACAACCGUCGAUGAGCGAAGCGCCCGUGCUACUGGAGUGGCCGCGGGUAUACAAAGGCGUCAUGGUGCAACGCAGCGGGGCGGCCCCCUCUGCAGGACGUACAGACCAAUACACGAUGUUUCCGCCCCUUGUCCGGAUGUGCAAUUUGGUAUGCAACCAGGCUUUUAUAAUUGCGGCUUGCGCAUUAGGAAGGAACUCCAGCUAGCAGACAUUUAUCCGGUCUGGGGAAAGCCAGACCACUCAGUCAUUCCGAACAAGCGAACGAUAAAGAGCCGCUGGAUAAGGCAUGUUGCGGAGAUAAAUGAAGCAACAGCUACCUUUGGGCUGGGUCCAUUAUGGCUAAGGCGCAUCAGGUUGAAGCAAGGCCUCCUGCAUCACUUAAUCUACCGGCGGGCUUACAUAGCUGACUGCUGCCCUGAAUUUUCUUCCCGUAUUCCCUAUAAUACCCGUAACUCAGGGUGUUUACUCUCACUGUCGACAUGUCGAACUGUCUUUAGGCAAAACUUUUUCCUUUGCCUUUACUCUAAACUAUGGAACAAGCUCCCCUCCCAUAUCCGUACUAUCUCAUCUCACCCCCGUAACGGUCGUCGUGGCUCGGAGAAGGGAUGCGCCGUUCCUUGGCAGCUGGUAUUGUGUGAGACAGAGAUUGCCACAGGGAAUCCUGCAGAUGUAGGCUCACGGAUAGUUUCCCUUUUGUUGGAGGACCGU